UUUUAGAGUUAAAAAGGGAAAAAGAAUUAAUGAGAAAGUUGUAAAACUUCAUAUAAAUUUGUGGUUUGCAGAUGGUGCUGGGGUUGGGUGGGUUUUCAAAAAUUUGAAAGAAGCUUAGUGAGAGUGGUGGCGCCAUGGAAGGAGGUGUCAGAGAAAAGGGUUCUUCGCCUUCAUUCAAGCCCCGACCCAACUUCUCUGUCUACCAAAACCAAGCCUUUUCUCAAGCACUCACUGCCAACAGUCUCCAGCCUUCCAAAUCUACUUUCUUCCGCUUCUUCUCUCUCUCCUCCGCCUCCGCUUUAGCUCUCCUCGCCAUUUUCUCCAGGGAAACUGGACUUGUUAGCAAUUUGAAGAUCAAGAAUGUUUCCCCACAGAUAUCUUAUUUAUUUGUCAAAUUGAUAGAGGCAUUUGUUGGUUGCAUAUUUAUUGGUACCACAUUUGCUCUAUUCAAAACCAUAUCAUGGCGCCGAGCAACUAUUGGUAUACCGGCGGCUUCUUCUUCCUUGAAGGAUACCAAGGAUCAAAUACAGCUUACAAAUCGUCAAUUGGGGCUUUUGGGAAUAAAGCCAAAGGUUGAACAAACUGUAUCUGGCUCUGCUAAAAAACCACCCAAGUCUAAAUCCUCCUCAGAUGUCCUUGUUCCACUUCAUCAGCCUAUGGCCACUCCCAAGCGUUCUUCUCGAAGCAGUGGAGAUAAGUUAAACUCCAGUGGAGGUAAUAAGAUGCGCUCGAUGAGUAGCCCUUCCAAGUCACCAAGUUCAUCAUCUGCAUUGUAUCUUGUUCCAGGAUCGAUCUCGCCUAUGUCUUCUGUCCACAAUUCACCAGGUUUUGAUACAAUGGUAUCUACGCCUUGGUCAAAUAACAGACGCUCUACGAAAGAGAUAACUUCAGAAGAAAAACUUGAACAAUUCUUGGCAGAUGUAGAUGAGAAAAUCACUGAAUCAGCUGCAAAAUUAGCUACUCCACCGCCAACCAUCAGAAGCUUUGGUGUUGCCAGUCCAAACACCAUUAGCACAUCAACUAAUACUUCUGGAACAACAAGAAGCACACCAUUGAGGUCUGUGAGGAUGUCCCCAGGUUCCCAGAAGUUCAAAACUCCACCUAAGAAGGGAGAAGGUGAGCUUCCUCCGCCUAUGUCCAUGGAGGAAUCCCUUGCAGCAUUUGAGCAUUUAGGCAUCUAUCCUCAAAUUGAGCAAUGGCGUGACCGCCUUAGGCAGUGGUUUUCUUCUGCAUUGCUUAAUCCUCUUCUAAGCAAGAUUGAAACCAGUCAUAUUCAGGUAGUGCAAGCAGCUGCUAAACUUGGUGUAUCAAUCACAAUUAGUGAAGUGGGUAGUGACUUACCUUCUAGUGGAUCUGCUACUGUGUCAUCGGUUGAUAGAAAUAAAGAAUGGCAACCAGCUGUGACGCUUGACGAGGAUGGACUUCUGCAUCAGCUACGCGCUACUCUCGUCCAGGCUAUUGAUGCUUCCUCACCUAGAUUGGCUCAAGCCAGUCUGCAACAGUCUCCACAACAGAAUCCCUUAGUCCCCGUAAUGCAGGAGUGUGUGGAUGCCAUUUCUGAACACCAGAAGCUUCAAGCAUUGAUGAAAGGGGAAUGGGUUAAAGGUUUGCUCCCCCAAAGUAGUGUUCGGGCUGAUUAUACAGUACAAAGAAUUCGAGAGCUCGCUGAAGGAACCUGCUUGAAGAAUUACGAGUAUCUUGGAAAUGGAGAGGUGUAUGAUAAGAAGAACAAGAAAUGGACCCUAGAGCUUCCAACUGAUUCUCACUUGCUCUUGUAUUUAUUCUGUGCUUUUCUUGAGCACCCGAAGUGGAUGUUACAUGUAGAUCCCUCAUCCUAUGCUGGAGUCCAAUCUAGCAAAAACCCCUUAUUAUUGGGAAUUCUACCUCCAAAGGAAAGUUUUCCCGAGAAGUACAUUGCCGUCGUAUCAGGAGUCCCUUCUGUUCUUCACCCCGGUGCUUGUAUACUAGUUGUCGGAAGGCAAAGCCCUCCAACAUUCGCUUUGUACUGGGAUAAGAAGUUGCAGUUUUCUCUCCAGGGAAGAACGGCAUUGUGGGAUUCGAUUUUGCUCGUGUGCCACAGGAUUAAAGUUGGCUAUGGAGGGGUUAUCCGAGGCUUGCACCUUGGUUCAUCAGCCCUCAACAUCCUCGGUGUUCUUGAUUCAGAGACAGAAGACUGACAUAAUGCUCCUCCAACAUCAGCAACAAAGAACUCAUGUUCAGCUAAUCAGUGUCGCCUUAUUUUGUGCUGAACUCGCUAAACUUAACAAACUGAAGGGUCUCGUGAAAUAUGAUAGGGCGGGGGUUGGCUUUGCUUCUCCGGGUUCUUGAUUCUAAAGCUGGUUUGCGACGGUGACGAUUUUUAUGUAAAAGUAGAAGCAUUUGACUAAUUUGUAAAAUCCUGUUACUUAUUUCACCCUUUAAAAAAACACUAACACAAGGGUGCACAUGCAUUUUUGUAUGUUGGUCUGUAUGACUUACAACUUUUUUUCUUGAAGGAAUUUAGAUAACUUUAUAUAUAUUAUGCUUUUUCUUUACUAAAAAAAUGUCGUUUAAUAGAUUUUGCAUUUAGUUUUAGCCCAACAAUUACAUUAGAGUUGUUUUUUGAUCUCAUUAAUAAGGCAAAUUUUUUACAGUUGUAUUUUGACC